AUGGACACCGUCAACUGGGAUAUCAACGAGGCGCUCAAAAAUUAUAUGAGCGAUCCCUCGACAAUCCAAACGCCCGAGGCCGAUAGCGCGCUUGUCGAUUGCGAGAAUGACCCCGAGUCAUUGCUGGACAACGGGCUGAUUAACUCGGUGCUGAAUCCUAUUGUCGAUGCGGUCGCCGAGAGCCCGGACGCCAUUACGCGCAGUCAUAUCUUUGAUUCAUUACAAUUUUUGUUAAAGUGUGCACCCAUUUUUCCUCACCCCUCAUUGUCCUUCCCUUAUGGCGCAGAAGACGGUCCGCUGUUGGCAGCGGACUGUCCAACGCAUUCUUCGGCCACUAAGGACAAGGACAUACACAGUCGUUUACGGGACUCUGAUUCUGAACUCGUCAAAAAAUCCAGGUACACGUCGUAUUUGUCAACCCAUGCCCUCAGCAAGUUGUUCGAUCUGAUCACUUCCGGCCUGGGCGCCGAGGCCGACGUUGUUCACCAUGACCUCGAAUCGGACGAGCAGGAAUUGAUCCCCGCCCACAAACAACUUCUCGAAAUGUAUGGAUUCCUACUUCAGUGGACACUUACCGCCGCAGAAGCAAAAGCCGCCGAGAAGUCAUCUACCACAGUGCCCGCCCGCGGUCGGGGCAAACCGAAAUCCAAGACCGGCCCUGGCCAAGAUGGGACCUGGGACUCUGUCCGCCAGCUGGAGACUGCCCUCUCGACCAUGUGCAAGGUUUUGCGCCUGAAGUUAGGGAAGAUCUUUAUCACGACUUCAGAGCGCGACACGUUCAUUGGUCUGCUCACUCGCCCGGUCUACAUGAUCCUCGAAAGCGAGCAGCGGGUCAAGAACACCAGCAUCCGCAUGCAUGCCUUCAAAGUGCUCUGCAUGGCUGUCAAGCAUCAUGGCCAUGGAUACGCCGCCCAAGUAUCUAUCGUGCAGAAUUUGACCUACUUCGAGCACCUAUCCGAACCUAUGGCUGAAUUCCUCCAUAUCCUUGCAGAACAAUAUGACUAUCCGCAACUGGCCGAUGAGGUCUUGCGUGAGCUCAGUAACAAGGAGUUCAACAGCAAUGAUACCAAAGGGCCCAAGUCCGUGUCGGCAUUCAUGAUUCGGUUGUCGGAACUGGCUCCCAGGCUAGUCAUCAAGCAGGUUACCUUGUUGGCCAAGCAGCUAGACAGCGAAUCCUAUACGCUUCGCUGCGCGCUUAUUGAAGUUUUCGGCAACAUGCUUGCUUAUUUGAGCAAGUCUGAGGAACGCGGAGAGAACCAUAAGAGCCAAAUGAACGCCUUCUUCGAUGUCCUCGAGGAACGUUUCCUCGAUAUCAACCCCUACUGCCGCUGCCGAACGAUCCAGGUCUACAUUAAACUAUGCGAACUCGACCAGAAGUUCCCGAAACGGCGUCAGCGCGCUGCCGAAUUAGCCUGCCGCAGCCUCAUGGACAAGAGCAGCCAUGUGAGGAGAAAUGCUAUCAAGUUACUUGCGACACUCAUCCGGACACACCCUUUCACGGCUUUGCACGGCGCGCAGCUGGCUAGGAAAGACUGGCAGGAGCGGCUGGAGAGAGUCGAAGCUGAGCUGAACGUGCUCAAGCCUCCUCCUGAGGCCGCGGGUCUUGAAGGCGACAAGGCUAACACCUCGGCUGACCAGGGAUUGUUAGAUGAUGCCACUCAGGUCGAUUCUCCCAAGAAGCGGCUCGAGGAUAUGACCGAGGAAGAGAAGAUAGAGGCGGUCCGCAAGGCUCAGGAGCAGGCCGCCACAUCCGAGGCGAUCGAGAAGCUUACCCUGACAAAGCGCUACUACACCGAGGCGCUGAAGUUCAUCGAUGUUCUACACGAGGCUACCCCUGUCAUCUGCCAGCUUCUCGGAUCAAAGAACAAGAGCGAAGUCAUUGAGGCCAUGGACUACUUCGAGAUCGGCGAUGCCUACAAUAUCGAGCAGAACAAGAUCGGUAUCCGGAAGAUGCUCAGGCUGAUCUGGACCAAGGGCAGCAGCGACGAAGGCAAGGGGGUGCAAACACAUCUGAUUGAGUGCUACAAGCGGCUAUUCUUCGAAGCUCCUGACAGCUUCAGCCCGAACGACGCCGCCAACUACAUUGCCCGCAACAUGAUUAGCUUGACCUUCGGUGCUACUCCCGCCGAAUUGACCUCUCUCGAGCAGCUUCUGCACCUGAUGAUGAAGCAGGGCAUGAUUCCUGACCUCGUCAUCGCUAAGCUGUGGCAGGUCUACGGCGUGCAGAGGCGGGAGAUCUCCAAGAAGCAACGUCGUGGUGCCAUCAUUGUCCUCGGAAUGCUUGCCACAGCUAGUCCCGAGAUCGUGGUUGGCGAAAUGGAGACCAUGCUACGAAUUGGCUUGGGCGCCCAUGGUCGUGCGGAUCUUCAGCUCGCCAAGUACACAUGCAUCGCGCUACGCCGGAUCAACCCUACUAGCCGCCAGACCGAGAAGGGCUCGACGACUACAUUCUCCCGGUUGCCCAAUGAUCAUGCGGUUUUGGUCAAGCUUGCUGCCAUCACUGAAGUUCCAACGGACAACAAGGAAUGGUAUGGUGUGGCUGAGCAGGCAAUCAAUGCAAUCUACGCACUAUCCAAGCAUCCCGAUGUUCUCUGCUCAGAGAUAAUCCGCCGCAAGACUAGGGCGGUGUUCGCUCGAUCGACCCAACAGGAGCCCUCUCGUCCUAGUUCUCGCGAUGAGAUGCAGAUCGAACCUAGCCAAGCUCCUACCUUGGAUGGCGCAGACUCUACCGUUCCAGCAUCUCAAGCAAGCCCUACCAAGCGCCAAAACAGCAAAGAAAGUGUCAUUGGCUUGUCCCAACUGCUCUUCAUUGUUGGCCACGUUGCCAUAAAGCAGAUCGUUCACCUCGAGCUCUGCGAGCUCGACUUCAAGCGCCGUAAGCAAGAGAAGGAUAAGGAGAAGGCCAAGGAUCGGCAUUCCCUUGGUGCCAGCACCUCCUCUCGCCGGGGAGGCGGUCAGAACAAGUCUAAGCAACAACAGCAACAAGAACAAGAGGACAACGAGCUUGACAUGAUUGGUGGUACGACAGAGGACGACUUCACUGAAGCCAUGGCCCAUAUCCGCGAACGCGAGCUGCUCUUCGGCCCCCAGUCGCUGCUGGCCCAGUUCGGCCCAAUGGUCAGCGAGAUCUGCGCCAACAACACGGUCUACAAGGACCGCAACCUCCAGCAGGCCGCCACUCUCUGCCUGGCAAAGCUGAUGUGUGUCUCAUCCGAGUACUGUGAAGCCAAUCUGCCGCUACUCAUCACUAUCAUGGAGCGCUCUCCCGAUCCGACAGUCCGCUCCAACGCUGUCAUCGCCCUUGGCGACAUGGCCGUAUGCUUCAACCACCUCAUCGAUGAGAACACCGACUUCCUGUACCGCCGCCUGGCUGACCCUCAGCCCAUGGUCAAGCGCACGUGCUUGAUGACGUUGACCUUCUUGAUCUUGGCCGGCCAGGUCAAGGUGAAGGGCCAGCUAGGCGAGAUGGCCAAGUGCCUCGAAGACGAGGACAAGCGCAUUGCCGACCUCGCGCGCAUGUUCUUUACCGAGCUCAGCACCAAAGACAAUGCAGUGUACAACCACUUCGUCGACAUGUUCAGCUUGCUGUCGGCUGACGAGCGAAUCGAUGAAGAGGCGUUCCGUCGUAUCGUGCGGUUCUUGCUUGGUUUUGUUGAGAAGGAUAAGCACGCUAAGCAGUUGGCAGAGAAGCUUGCUGCUAGGCUGGCCAGGUGCGAGACGGAGCGCCAGUGGAACGAUGUCGCCUUUGCGCUGGGCUUAUUGCAGCAUAAGAACGAGGAAAUUAACAAGCUGGUUGCAGAGGGAUUUAAGAUGGUUCAGGCACCGGCGUAA